AUGUCCGAAUCAUCGUACGGCCUUACAACCUUCAGCCCAUCAGGGAGGCUGGUGCAGAUCGAGUAUGCAACGACAGCUGCAGGCAAAGGUACAACCGCCUUGGGUGUUAAGGCUACGGAUGGCGUUGUCAUCGCUGCAGAGAAGAAGACCACAUCUCCUCUCGCAGAGUCCUCCACAGUGAACAAAGUGUUUCUUCUUGAUGAUCAUGUCGGUUGCACUUACAGUGGGAUUGGCCCUGAUUGCCGUGUACUUGUCGACGCUGCCCGGAGGGCCUGCCAGAGGUACCGUUUGACUUACCAUGAACCCAUGCCGGUUAGUCAGUUGGUUCGUCGGAUCAGUUCUCUUUAUCAGGAGUUCACGCAAUCAGGUGGUGUCCGUCCUUUUGGCUGCUCCCUCCUCGUCGCGGGAGCUGAUGCCCAGGGUAACCACUUGUAUCAAUUGGAUCCCAGCGGUACCUUCUGGGCGUGGAAGGCCACAUCCAUUGGAAAGGGGAGCUCCGACGCCAAGACGUUUCUGGAGAAGCGCUAUACAAAUGAAAUGGAGAUAGAGGAUGCGGUACACACAGCUCUUCUGACGCUAAAAGAAGGAUUUGACGGGAAGAUGACGGCAGAAAACACACAGGUUGGACGUGUGAGCGAAGGAAAGUUCGAAUUGCUUUCAGUUGAUCAACUAAAGGAUUACUUGGACCAGAUUUAG